CAGACUAUAUUGAUCUCCUUAUUUCACAUAUUUACUUACGCAAUCGAGGUGAUAUUUUGAUGAAAAUGGCAUCAAUAAAGCCGUUAUAUCUUUCCUCAACAAUACAUCAAGUUCAUUCGAGGUUGGCAAGUACAUUCAGUUUUAAGAGCAGAUAUUUAUGCAGAACAUAUGGAACCCUCACUCAAGAACAGAAGGAGAAGAUAGCCGAGGGACCCAGUCUUGGGGAUUUCAUUGAAGGUGACUUUGAAGUGGAACAAGAAAGUCAUGGAUAUGAAGGAACUUUAAAGAAAGAAAAGGGUAUAAAGAGGUUACGUCUUCCACCAUGGUUGAAGACAGAGAUACCCAUUGGGAAAAGCUACAGCGGUAUAAAAAAGAACCUUAGAAGCCUCAAUUUACAUACAGUAUGCGAGGAAGCCAAGUGUCCUAACAUUGGAGAAUGCUGGGGUGGAGGAGAGCAUGGCACGGCUACAGCUACAAUCAUGAUUCUUGGGGAUACCUGCACAAGAGGCUGUCGAUUCUGCUCUGUCAAAACAGCGAGGAAGCCGCCCCCACCAGACCCUAACGAACCAGUCAACACAGGUACUGCCAUCGCAUCCUGGGGAGUAGACUACAUAGUCCUUACAUCGGUCGACAGAGAUGAUUUACCAGAUGGCGGGUCAGCGCACUUUGCUGAAACUGUAAGGGAGAUUAAAAGACAGAAUCCAACCAUCUUGGUGGAGUGUCUUACCCCAGACUUCAGGGGAGACCUAGAGGCCGUGGAGAGGGUAGCAGCGUCGGGUCUGGAUGUAUACGCUCACAAUGUGGAGACGGUCAGCAAGUUGCAAAAGUUUGUACGAGAUCCUAGAGCAAAUUACAAGCAGUCAUUGACUGUCCUGGAGCAUGUAAAGAAAGUCAACCCAGAUGUAUUCACCAAGUCUUCCAUCAUGCUUGGGCUAGGGGAGAAGGAUGAUGAGGUCUUUCAAACUCUCAAAGACUUACGAUCAGCAGGAGUGAGUUGCCUGACGCUAGGUCAGUACAUGCAACCUACCAAGAGACACCUUAAGGUCGCAGAGUACGUCACACCUGAGAAGUUCAACUACUGGGAGAAAGUUGGGAACAAGCUGGGCUUUUCCUACACAGCAAGUGGUCCAUUAGUCAGAUCAUCUUACAAAGCAGGGGAAUACUUCUUAACCAACAUGGUCAAAGAGAAGAGGAGAGAAAGUUCACUUUCUUCAGCAUCGACUGUGAAGGCAGGGCAAACCGAGGAAACACGUUUAUGAGCUAUCAUGUAGUUAGGUAUCCUUAGUUUCAUUUAUUUCAGGAUUAAAUUUAAUGCUCUUAUUCGAACUUGAAAUUGGUAGACUACUAAACUUGUUAAUCACUGGAAUACAGAUAUGACAAGAAAGUUUUGAUCUUUUCGAGUCUAUUUGAGGGCUAUGUGAGCACUACAUAUUUUUGUGAGUGAAAUAAGCAUUUUCCGGUAAAGUUACUGGUAACAUCAUGAUUGUUUCAAAGGCACCUGCAAACAUUGUGACCUUACCACUACUGAACUUUAAAAGGAAGUGCAGGAAGAUAACGGUAGAUAUUAUAAAUGUGUGAAAUCUUCCUUAUUCCUGUUCUGCUUUAGUCUUAUAUAAAUAGUAAAUUCAAAAUGGAGAAGCACAUUGAUCUUUCCGAUCCAGGAAAGAUACGAUCGGUUACAAAUCAGGGAUAGUCAUAUGACUGAUAUUCGACUGGUCUGACAUCUCCCCUGUAACUGUGGAUUGUUUGGGCCUUUUUCUCUAACCAGGUGUGCAUUACACAACCUACAUUUUGCAAUACAUGUAACAAUGAAUGUAUAAUGUCAAUGUCAUGUAAGUUUGUUUAUGUUCUAUGAUAUCAAGAAAGUUACACUGAAUACAUGACAGAAAGUCUGGCUUUCAGACUUAAAACUAGGUAUUGGAAUGACAAACAUGGUCAUUUCAUCACAUGCCUUGAAUUAUGAUGUCCAAAAAUGUGAAUAAAUAGAAGGAAUGCACUUCCUUGGAACUCACCGAGUUUAGUUUUUAGAAUAUGAUAAGUUUGUUUCCAGUUGAUUUAGGGUAUCAAUGAAAUUUUUCUAAGUAGCAGUUACAUUAGCAGAAGUUGCGAACAAAUCUCAAAUUGUUCUCUUUCCUGUUUUGGUCUACGACGUUGCUUGUUUCUCAUCUCUUUCAUGUUUUUCCCCCAGUUUAAAACAGAAAUUGGAAUUUCAGGUCAUUUUCUUUAGUAUUUAUUUAUUCUAUCUGUGUAAUUAAACAGGAAAGUUUUAUUCUGAAAAAAUAUAUUGAAUUCAUUCUAACUUUGUUUGUUCAUGUUGAAUAUCUCAUUGUAAAUAACAAAAAAAAUACAUUUGAGUGUACAUCAAACAUACGUGAUGCAGAUCCUCUGCAUGUUGUAUAUCCUCUGCAUGUUGUAUGUGCCAUCAUUGUACAUUGAUCUGAUCGUUCAUCGAAGUAAAGGUAAAAUACUUUCACUUUUCAUGCUUGAUUAAUGACAGAUAUACUUCAUAUCAUCUGCUGAUAGCUAGGAGGGCAUUAACUCAUAUCCGCAAUUAUAGAAUUAACGCCCUUCUGGCUCUCAACGAAUGAUAUGUCGUUACACGCACUGCAUUCUUCAUUACAGUAAUCAGAGAGCACUAUCUCAUUAAAGCUAGUUUCACUUUCAAACAAACUUUUUUUUUAUUGGUGCAGUAAUAGGUUUAGCUUCGAUAAGGUUUCUUUUUGGUUUGUGUAACACUAAACAAAGAGAGUAUUAAAAUAGCCACUCAAUGGAAUUACAUGUACUUUGAUAUAUUUCAUUUUAUGUGAAAGUUGUCUUUAAAAGAGGAGUACGGUUUGCAUGCAUGAGUAUAGUGUACUGAUAAUUUUAGUCGGUCAUUCAUGAAAGUGAUAGUGUUUAUAGGUUUGAUUGUAUAUUUAUAGAAUAUAGAGGCUCUUCUUCCUGUUUGCACUCAUAGCAUGUCAGUCAUGAACUGUUGGGUUGGCUUGUAAUUAUUGACAAUAUGAGUAGCAUAGCAUAUAUGGCACCACACGUACAAUGCUAGUGCAAACUUACCUACAUUGAACCUAUGUGGGGAUGGAUGGACAAAUGGAUUUCCCCUUUCAGGAAACAUGUGUAUCCAUAAUAAUAUUGUUCAUUUAAACGUUUAUGGAGGAUUACAAUAUAUAUUAUGGCUAUUGUAUAUUGAUUUAAUGUUUAAUUCUAUAUUCAUGAAUGCACUUUUAAAUAAAGAUUAAUUACUAUAAUAUACAUGGACACAUGACUGAAUCAGAAAUAGAUAUGUAAAUGAUAUAAACCUUUGAGGAAUAUAAGAAA